ACGAGGCCACGAGGGUGAAGCUCCAUAUACCAACUCCAAGGGCCCAAUCAACGAACUCGCGCCCUUAGUCCCACUCUCUCUCUCUCGCUCGCUCGCUCUCUGGGAUUAGGAAUUCCCUCGAACAGAGGCUAAAAUACACAGACGAGAGAAGAAGCGUUAAGAAAAAAACCCUAAAAUACACAGACAGAGAAACAAAAUCCUUUUUCUUUUGUUCUUAUAUCUCUUCGCUUCACUUCGUGCUCUUCUUUUUCCUGUGUUUUCUGUUUUUGUUUUUAGUUUUAUCUUACAGGGACGGAAAAGAGAACGAACCAACGAGUUGUCCGGUGUUUGGUCUAGUGUUGGAGCUCUAUUGGUUGCUCUUCUGAGUGUCUUUUAUGUGGGUUUUGAUUCGUAUUCUCUAAUGGUUGGUUUUCUGCUCUGAAAUUAGGGUUUCACUUCUUUAUCUCAAGGAAUUGACGAUAUUCGAGCGCUUGUAGUCAGCGGAGCUAUUAAUACUGGUUGUGAAGACGAUUGGUUGACUAGGCAACUGGGAAAGAUGUCGACAGAGUAUCCUGUACUUGAUAAUAGGCCAAUUGAUCAAUGGAAGGUAGCAGAACUAAAAGAAGAGCUUAAGAGACGGAAAAUUACAACAAAGGGGUUGAAGGAUGACUUGAUAAGGCGCUUGGGUGAAGCGAUACGGAAUGAGGGAGAAUCUGUAAAGGAAGAAGUUGUUAAUGGUCUAAGUUGUGACCCUGAACCUGAGUUUAAGUUUGAAGAGAAGGUUGCAAAGCCAAAUGAUACUCAAGUUGUUGAAGAGAGUCAGGAUGAUGGUAAAAAUAAAACCUUAGAGGCAGAAAAUGAUGUUUCUGAGGUUGGUAUUGAUGAUGGUGCUGCUGAGAUGGUCCAAGAGAAAUCUGAAACCGAGUCACUGAGUAAGUCUGAUUCUGUUGCGGCAGUUCAUGAACCGGCAAUUGUUACAGUAUCUGAGGAAGAUAGUGUCACAGUCAGUCAGAUUGUGGAAACCCAAUUAGCAUCCAACCAUCAGGAGCCACAGAACAUUGAAAUCCAGAUAGAGAGCGGGGUUUCAAAUCCUCCCCAUGAAGAUGCAGUGCCCAACAUGUCCGGUCCAAACAAUCAGGUAUCUGAGGUCAGCCCUGUUUUAGGGUCUCAAGUAAAGUCUGAGUCUAUUUCUACUGAUUCUGUGUCAAUUAUUCAAAAGAAUGAACUAAAGGAUAAUUUGAAUACUGGUAAUUUCCCUUUAGAACUGGAAGUUGUUAAGCCGGAGAUGGUGCAACCAUCAUCCAGUGAUGUUCAUCCUACAGGUGGCGAUCUACAUCCACUGGGUGACCAAGAGCCAUGUGAGAACCGGGGCCCUAUUGAAGAUAUUGAUGAUACCAAUGCUCCAAAUCUGGACCUUGGGAAGAAAAAUGAUGGUGCAGAUGCGGGGUCCUCAGAAAAAUUAAAUUUAGAACGAAGUUCAGGUGGUGAUUCUAUGGAGGAUGAUACAUUGGAAAGUAAGCAAAUUGAUUCAAAUCAAAAUUCUGAUGGCGUGGGAGAUAGGAAUGAGCUAACUGUAAACGAGGAAAAUGUAAUUGAUGUUGUGGGUGCUGGUUUCUCUUCUGAGAAGAAGGAAAGUCCUGCUGAAAAUAAAAUUGCUUCUGCUGUGCCUGGUGAAAAAAGAAAAGUUGAAGAUAAAGAUGUAGGGAACAAUGAGCCUCCAAAGAGGCAGCGUCGAUGGAACUCUGAAAGCAUCAAAGUUCCUGAAGUGCAAACUUCUAAUCUCACCUCCUCAUCUACAACACCUAAAGAUGCUUUACAGCCCACCAUUCCCAAGCGCAACUUCAUCAGGUCUGACUCAACACUUAGUGAAGAGGCAUCAAAGGAACGAGUUGUUCCACCAUCGCCAAAGCCCCCAACUACUUCCCUCCGAAUUGACCGUUUUCUUCGUCCAUUUACACUAAGGGCAGCUCAGGAGCUUCUUGCAAAAACUGGAAAUGUAUGCAGCUUCUGGAUGGACCAUAUCAAGACUCAUUGUUAUGUGACGUAUUCCUCGGUGGAAGAAGCCAUAGAAACACGAAAUGCUUUGUACAAUCUGCAAUGGCCUUCAAAUGGAGGGCGCCUUUUGGUGGCAGAAUUUGUCGAUCCCCAAGAAGUGAAAAUGCGGGUUGAAGCUCCUCCAGAGUCUCCAGCAGCUUCUGCCAGCACCAACGCAACGGCACCCACUUCUCCAACACUUCAGCCCCAGCCAUCCCCUCACCAACAGAAUCUGCGACGACAACUUCCUCCCCCUCCUCUCCCACCACCACCCCCAAUAACCGACCCGUCCACAAUACGGGAACGUCUCCCUCUUCCACCCCCACCACCGCUUCCAAAGAAGCCAGACCCACCUAUAGUUACCCUUGACGAUCUCUUCAGGAAAACAAGAGCGACCCCUAGGAUAUACUACCUACCAUUGUCUGAAGAACAGGUUGCUGCAAAAGUUGCUGCUCGCAAGAAUGCUAAGUAGGGAUGAUAGCAUUAUGCCAUUCUUGUAUUUGGCCAAUGGGAUAUUAGUCUUCUCUUAUGUAAUAUAGUACGGUGAUACAUUUUAUUAGUAAAGCCUUUGCCAGGUCUAAAGUCUGACCAGGACAGGUUGUGCGGCAAGGGAUGAGUGAGAUUUUCAGUUUUGAACGCUGACAUGGGUUGCCUCCUGAUAAAUGAUUACCUUUUCCCCGUCAAAUAUCGCUUCGAUGCACUUAUGGUUCC